GAUGUGUAUUCGUUGUAAAGAGGGAGGCAGACAUUGGCGGAAUGUAGAGAAAUGGAUGUGUGACAACUGCAUGAGUCGGAAGGACACAGAACACGAUGCAAGUAUGUCUUGUAUUGAGGACAAUGAGCAAUCUCAGGCAUCCACAUCUGAUUCUGUGGAUACGGGAGAUGAUCAUGAAGUCGCGGAGUUUUUGAAAAGAAUGGAAUUUUUGAUCAAACCCACUCAAAGGAAACGACACAAAUUUGGCGACGAACCAAAACUCAAAUGUGACACAUACCGCCAUUAUGUAAUCAAAGAAUGGCCGGGAAAACUUACCUGCUGUGGUAAAGAAUAUGAGCGUGCUGGUUCUUUUAAAUACCACAUUGAAAAGAGCCACAUCAAGAGCAGACGAUAUCGUCUUGGAUAGGAAUUGCA